CCGGAAGUUAGAGUAGCUCUCUGGGUUGCUAAGAGACCAGGCUGCCACAAACCAAGCCGGUGAUUCUCCACCCUCUUUCCCUUUCUGGAUCUGCUUCACAAUUUCCAAAAGUCGGGUGACCAUGUCUGACGGCGAAGCUGAUAUCUUGAGAAGCACCUUUCCCUCUUACGUGGCAGAGGGCGAGAGGCUUUAUCUGUGCGGGGAGUUCUCUAAGGCCAUUCAAAGCUUUACCAACGCUCUUCACCUUCAAAGCGGAGAUAAGAACUGCCUGGUUGCGCGCUCCAAGUGCUACCUGAAGAUGGGAGACUUAGAGAAAUCCUUGAAUGAUGCUGAAGCCUCACUUCAGAAUGACCCGACUUUCUGCAAGGGGAUCUUACAGAAGGCAGAGACACUGUACACCAUGGGAGACUUUGAGUUUGCCCUGGUGUUCUAUCAUCGAGGCUACAAACUGAGACCUGACCGGGAAUUCAAAGUUGGAAUUCAGAAAGCCCAGGAAGCCAUCAACAACUCGGUGGGAAGUCCUUCUUCAAUUAAGCUGGAGAACAAAGGAGACCUCUCCUUCUUAAGCAAGCAAGCUGAGAGUAAGAAAGCCCAACAGAAGCAUCUACCUAUAAAGCACCUCUCAUACAACACCAAGCAUGAAAUCAAGCGGAAGGGCUCGCUCAAGAGUGAGAAGACCGUCAGGCAGCUGCUCGGGGAGCUGUAUGUGGACAAGGAGUAUCUGGAGAAGCUUCUUCUGGAUGAAGAUCUCAUCAAAGGCACCAUCAAGAAAGGUCUGACCGUGGAGGACCUCAUCAUGACUGGCAUCAACUACUUGGACACCCGCAGCAACUUCUGGAGGCAGCAGAAGCCCAUCUAUGCCAGGGAGCGAGACCGGAAGCUGAUGCAAGAGAAGUGGCUGAGGGACCGGAAACGCAGCCCCUCGCAGACAGCCCACUACAUCCUCAAGAGCCUAGAGGACAUUGACAUGUUGUUGACCAGUGGCAGUGCUGAAGGGAGCCUUCAAAAAGCUGAGAAAGUACUUAAGAAGGUUCUGGAAUGGAACCAAGACGAGGUACCCAACAAGGAUGAACUGGUCGGGAACUUGUACAGCUGCAUAGGCAACGCCCAGAUUGAGCUGGGGCAGAUGGUGGCUGCCUUGCAGAGCCACAGAAAGGACCUGGAGAUCGCCAAGGAACAUGACCUUCCAGAUGCAAAAUCGAGAGCCCUUGACAAUAUUGGCAGAGUUUUUGCCAGAGUUGGGAAAUUCCAGCAAGCCAUUGACACGUGGGAGGAGAAGAUCCCUCUAGCCAAAACCACCCUGGAGAAGACCUGGCUCUUCCAUGAGAUUGGCCGCUGUUACUUGGAGCUGGACCAGGCGUGGCAGGCCCAGAGCUAUGGUGAAAAGUCUCAGCAGUACGCUGAGGAGGAAGGGGAUCUCGAGUGGCAGCUGAACGCUAGUGUUCUGGUGGCACAGGCCCAAGUGAAGCUGAGAGAUUUCGAGUCAGCUGUGAAUAACUUCGAGAAGGCCCUGGAGAGAGCCAAGCUGGUCCACAACAAUGAGGCGCAGCAGGCCAUUAUCAGCGCCUUAGACGACGCCAAUAAGGGCAUCAUCGAAGAACUUAAGAAAACGAACUACAGGGAGAUACUCAGGGAAAAGGCAGAGAGACAGGACAUCAGUUUACAGAUGGAUCUGCAGGCAGCGUCGGAGAAGGAAACGAAACGAGGCGGCGAGCAGGAGAAGGUGGUGAAACAGUGGGAGAGGGAUCCAGAGAGUGAGAGCGAGAGAGAUGACGAGGGCUCGAAGCAGAGGCUGAGGGUGGAGGAGCCAGAAAGAAGCAGCUCGGGAGGAUCCAGCAGAAAACUGUUGGGAGACAGUCACUCGUCAAACCAAGGGAUCAGGAGAGAGUCCAGGGAAAUCUACAGGAGGAUCUCGGACGACUCCACCCACCCACCCUCAGAGGAUGUCAGCCAAAAGCAAGAGAAGAAACCAGCAGAAGCAGCCAGGGGGGAGGUCCAAAAGUUGGAGAAAACAAAAGAGGAGGAGAAACCGAAAGCCUGAGGUACUCAACAGCUGAGGAGGGAUGAAAACUGGCUCAGUCGGCACCGGUUCAGGAGCACAGCGCUCCCAGGCAAGAUGUUUCAGAUAGGAAAGACUGAGAGACUGACUUCAACAGACCACCCCAUGCGCCCCUGCUCCCCAUUAAAUAUGCAUUUUAAUUUUUACA